CCAGGUUUGAUUAUAACGGCAACUGGUAACGUCAUCUCUCCCUCGUUCCUCUCCCUUUCUCGGCCUUUCUCCUUCCGCUUCACGUCCAACUGGCGACCGCCAACUUCUCUUCGCCGAUCCCAUCUGCAUCCUCGCUCACCAUCGCCGCUGCCACCGAUGUCGAUCGCCUGGCCGCCAUCCUCGGUUCGGCGACCCCGAUUCCCCUCCCCCAGCUCAACCAAAUCCACGCUCACAUCAUGCGCUACUUCUCCGGUGCCUCUUUCUCUUCUGCCUUUCUCCUUCCCCUUUUCAAUGUCGCCAUCCGCUCCCUCUCCAAGUCUCCACUUACCUCCGCCCCGUUUGCUGCCCUCCGGCUCUACCUCCUCAUGACCCGCGCUUCUCUCCACCCCGGCCGCUUCACCCUCCCCUUCCUCCUCAACUGCUCCGCCGCCAUCCCCUCCCUCCCCCUUGGCUCUGAGCUCCACUCCCGCGCCCUCCGCUCUGGCCUCCUCGCCGUCCUCCCCGUCUCCAACGCCCUCGUCGACAUGUACGGCAAGUGCGGCUCCCUCCUCCUUGCCCGCGCUGCCUUCCUUGAUAUACCCCUCAAGGACGUCGUCUCCUUCAACGCCCUCCUCGGCGCCCACGCUCGUCUUGGUGCCGACAUGCCUUCCGCCCUGCGGUUAUUCGACGCCAUGCCCCACCGGAACGUCAUAUCCUGGAACGCCUUGAUUGUCGGCUACGCCAAUGCCGGCGACCUGUCCUCCGCCAGGGCCGUCUUCGACCGGAUGCCGGUCCAAAACACCGUCUCUUGGACCGUCAUGGUGGUUGGGUACUGUAAAACUGGCGCUGUCGUUGCCGCCAGAGAACUGUUCGACCGAAUGCCCGAAAAGAACCUGGUAUCAUCGACUGCGAUGAUCACCGGGUACUCCCAAUGUGGAAUGCCUAAGGAGGCUUUUGUGCUGUUCCGCCGGUUGGAACGGCAGAGGAUUGAGCCAGACGCAGCCACAAUGGUCGGUGUCAUUUCUGCAUUGGCUCAGUUAGGGAGUGUGGAGUUGGCGAACUGGGUUGGGUCGUAUGUUGACCGCAAGAAGAUCGACAGGAAUGAACGUGUUCUCACUGCACUUGUGGAUAUGCAUGCCAAGUGCGGGAAUGUCGAGAAAGCCCUUCAUGCAUUCGAGGAGAUACAUUUCCCGGACGCAUACUCAUACACGGCUCUCAUCAAUGGACUGGCGUCCCAUGGACAUGAAUUGAAGGCGCUUGACAUUUUUGACAGGAUGCAAAAGGAGGCGAUCAAGCCAGAUCCGAUCACGUUUGUUGGCGUGCUGAGUGCCUGUAGCCAUGCAGGGCUUGUUGACAAGGGGCUCGAGUACUGGGAAAGCAUGUUCCGUGUCUAUGGUAUCGAUCGGAGGGCCGACCACUAUGCUUGUGUCGUAGACAUGCUUGGACGGGCAGGGAGGCUUAAACAAGCUUAUGAAAUGAUUCAGAGCAUGCCGAUGGGGCCUCAUCCCGGAGCCCUUGGGGCAUUGCUUGCAGCUUGUAGGACUUAUGCAAAUAUUGAGAUUGCAGAGAGUGUUGCAAAAGAGCUCUUUAAGCUGGAGCCCAAUAAUACAGGGAAUUAUAUACUUCUAUCCAGUAUAUAUGCUGAGAGAGGACAAUGGGAGGAUGCUGCAAGAGUUAGAGCAAUGAUAAGGGGCAGAAAAUUCAACAAGCUUCCAGGAUUGAGUUGGAUUGACGAACAGCAGAGAGGCCUUAGAUUUCAGAAUAAGGUACUGAUGCACAUCAAAUGAGGAACAGAUUUAUGUAUCACCUCUUUUGUUGGUCAGUCCUAGACAAGGUGAUGAUUUGUUGCGAACGCAAAUAAUGGUGAUGAUUGGUCGACAAGGCAAAGAGGAUUGAUGGUUGCCAGGGGUUCUUGUUUAUUUUGGUGCAACAAGAAGUAUCCAGUACGGUGCGCUUUCAGGUAAAAACCAUUUGUGGUAGGCAAUUAUGCCUCAGGCCAUCUGUUAUAUGUGGCAAAAUGAGACAAAGACUAUGGAAUAGUGUUAGUCAAAUGGGAGAAUCAACUUUGUAUCGUAUAGUCUUUCUUUUGUUUCCAAGGACCAUCAUGGAAACAUGAUGGUAACAUGGAGGAAGAAAUAUUCGCAGCUAGAGAGUAUCUGAAUAUCCUGAAUUUUGAGCUCUAUCAGUUUCUAUUACUGCUACUUGAUCCAGUCCAUCGAUCUGGCUGCCGCUUGUUUAUUUCUUUGGGAUGUGAUAUCUGGGGGGUCCUAAGAUGGCUAACGUGUCUGAUUCUUUCAAAUUGAUCUAUACGCUGUCAGAGCAUAUAGCAGUGGCUGUGAUUAAAUCUCCUUAGCCAUAUACACCUGUUGAGAUAAGUCAGUGUCAGAAUUCAAAACAUUUAUUCUCUGUUUAUUUCACAGAGCAUUUGAAAUUGGUAUCAAAAUGUAUGUGUGGACAGCCAGGAAAUAACUUUGUUUGUGUGAGACACCAAAACUGGUGGGUGGCCAUGGACUUAGGUUGCUAUGGAGUGGUCUCUGAUGAUUGUUGGUUUAGCUGGAGGGAUAUCCUUUUUCCAGCUCAUCUCGGGCCUCCUCUGUGAGUAUGCUUCUUUAGCAUAAUCUAUGGGAGAGCCAGUUGAUAUAUAGCUUGAUUUAGAUUGUAAAGAAUAUUUAUAUAUGGUAGAUAAGUCUCUUAUGAUGCUCUA